UUGUCUCUGAAACACAGCCUCUCUGUGUGUCACUCUCUCUUCCAGUUUCCUUCCUGUCGGCUGAAAGCUGUUGUUGCUGCCACUCCCUGUAUGCUGCUGGUCUCACCCUGGCAAAGGCUGGCAUCAGUCAGUAACAGCCCCUGAGAUGGCCCGGUCCCACUACCUGGUGUGUUACAUUAGGCGAGCAGCCCACGCUGGCCACCCUGUAACCACACAGUAACACACAGGACUGUGCCUGGCCAUGGCUGGUCUCUGAUCAGUGACAUAGGAGGCUGACAGCACUGUGCCCAAUGGCGUGCAAGUCCAAGGUGGCCCCCAGCGUAGACUUUGACCACAGUUGCUCUGACAGCGUUGAGUACCUGACUCUGAAUUUCGGACCCUUUGAGAGUGUGCACCGCUGGCGGAGGCUGCUGCCCUGCGAUGAGUUUGUGGGAGCCAGACGCAGUAAACAUACAGUGGUAGCUUACAAAGAUGCUAUUUACGUCUUUGGCGGUGACAAUGGGAAGAACAUGUUAAAUGACUUGCUGAGGUUUGAUGUUAAAGACUGCUCCUGGUGCAGGGCUUUUACGACAGGGAGUCCCCCAGCACCACGAUAUCACCAUUCCGCAGUGGUUUAUGGAAGCAGUAUGUUUGUGUUUGGAGGCUACACUGGUGACAUCUAUUCCAAUUCCAAUCUGAAGAACAAGAAUGAUCUCUUUGAGUACAAGUUUGGGACUGGUCUUUGGACGGAAUGGAAAGUAGAAGGAAGAUUGCCAGUGGCUCGCUCAGCGCACGGAGCCACAGUAUACGAUGAUAAGCUCUGGAUCUUUGCUGGAUAUGACGGAAAUGCAAGGUUAAAUGAUAUGUGGACCAUCAGUUUGCAAGACCGGGAGUUAACAUGUUGGGAAGAGAUUGAGCAGAGUGGAGAAAUCCCACCUUCUUGCUGUAACUUCCCAGUGGCUGUCUGUAGGGACAAAAUGUUUGUCUUCUCUGGUCAGAGUGGGGCGAAGAUCACAAACAACUUGUUCCAGUUUGAGUUUGCAGAGAAAGUCUGGAUGCGCAUUCCUACUGAGCACUUACUGCGUGGGUCACCUCCACCGCCCCAGAGGCGUUACGGGCAUACCAUGGUGGCCUUUGACAGACACCUCUAUGUAUUUGGGGGCGCAGCAGACAACACUUUGCCUAAUGAACUACACUGCUAUGACGUGGACUCUCAAUCCUGGGAGGUGAUUCAGCCGAGCCCAGACAGUGAGGACCUUCUGGACACACAAUCGGGUGACAAGGGAGUUGCCAUGAUCCUUUAUCUGCCCAGUGGCCGCCUCUUCCACGCUGCUGCGGUAAUCGAUGAUGCCAUGUACAUAUUUGGUGGGACUGUGGAUAAUAAUGUCAGGAGUGGAGAAAUGUAUCGUUUUCAGUUCUCGUGUUACCCAAAGUGCACUUUACAUGAGGAUUAUGGAAGGCUGUUUGAGAACCAACAGUUCUGUGAUGUGGAGUUUAUUUUGGGAGAAAAAGAGGAGCGAGUACGAGGGCACACAGCGAUCAUCACUGCUCGGUGUAAGUGGCUGCGGAAAAAAAUCACUCAAGCGAGAGAGCGGCAGCGACAAGAAUUAAAACAGGAUCUGGAGGAUGAAGGUCAAAGUACACAGCAAAAGCCAGAGAGUGCAGGUGGCCACCAAAAAGCCAGCAACUCUCAGCCCAUGCAGGAAGUGAUCAUCCGGGACGCAGAAGCUCGGCCAUUUGAGCUGCUCAUGCAGUUCUUAUACACAGACAAGAUAAAGUACCCACGGAAAGGUCACGUCCAAGAUGUUCUCCUCAUCAUGGAUGUAUAUAAACUAGCUUUACACUUUAAGCUCUCUCGUCUGGAGCAGCUUUGUGUUCAGUACAUUGAGGCAUCUGUUGACCUUCAGAAUGUCCUUGUAGUGUGUGAAAACGCUAACAAGCUGCAGCUGGACCAGCUAAAGGAACAUUGCUUGAACUUUGUUGUAAAGGAAUCUCACUUCAACCAGGUGAUAAUGAUGAAAGAGUUUGAGCACUUGUCUUCCUCACUGAUUGUGGAGAUUGUACGCAGGAAGCAGCAGCCUCCUGUCCGGGUGCACUCAGAUCAGCCUGUUGAUAUAGGCACUUCUCUUGUCCAGGAUAUGAAGGCUUGUCUUGAAGGUGCGGGAAGAGAUUUCUGUGACAUCACAUUGUUGCUGGAUGGACACCCAAGACCAGCACACAAGGCUAUCCUAGCUGCUCGCUCCAGCUACUUUGAGGCCAUGUUCCGCUCAUUCAUGCCAGAGGACGGGCAAGUGAAUAUCUCUAUUGGUGAGAUGGUGCCAAGCAAACAGGCCUUUGAGUCACUGCUGCGAUACAUCUACUAUGGGGAGGUCAAUAUGCCCCCGGAAGACUCCCUUUACUUGUUCUCUGCUCCCUAUUAUUAUGGAUUCUUCAGCAACAGACUGCAGGCAUAUUGCCGACAAAACCUGGAGAUGAAUGUGACUGUUGAGAAUGUGCUUCAGAUCUUAGAAGCUGCGGAUAAGACCCAAGCUCUGGAUAUGAAGAAGCACUGCCUUCACAUCAUAGUCCAUCAGUUCACCAAGGUUGCCAAGCUACCCAACCUGAGAUUGCUGAGCCAGCCUCUGCUAAUCAACAUUAUCGAGUCUUUGGCCAGUCAUAUCUCGGACAAGCAGUGCGCGGAGCUGGGCUCAGACAUAUGAGCGGCUGAUGGCUUUCUAGGAUUUAUUCUUGGACACUUUGGAUGUUCCCAGCGAAAUGAUGAAGCAUUCCUUGCCGCUGACAAUGACUAUCCUUCAGGAAACAUGGGACCAUUAUGUUGGAUCUGCCUACUCAAGAGCAGCUGAUUUGAUAUGAUUAAACAAUCAGCAGUGAAUUUUAUGUUAAUAGUGAGAACAUGUACCUUCCACAUUACAGCAGAAACCAGUUUCAUUUCAAAUGCAGAUACAAGGGCCACUACCAUCAUGUUGUGUAUGAAACACUACUUCAGAGGGAGUGUAGCUAAACAUCCAAUGUACAUAACAUGAUACAAUAGCUUACAAUGUUCUUCCUUUUUUGGUGUCUGCCUGGCGUUAGCUGUAGCUUUUCAGUGCUCUCAUUUUUCAUGGUGUUGCAAAUUGCUAAGUAGUGGUUUUUUCUUUGAUUAGAUGAUCAUGUUGUCCUGUAGCUCACAAUCAUGUAAGUUCCACUUAUGCAGUCUUUUAAUGGUUUCAAUUCACAGUAACACCCUAAAGGGCCGUAUUCACGGGCCGAUUUGGGGAGAGAUGUAUGCUGAGCGAACCGCUCAGCACACAUCUCUCCCCCUGCUCAGCACAGCGCGAUGUGUGCUGAACGUGCGGGGGGAGACGGGGGACCACUCAUUUCACCCAGCGGGUGAAGUGAGCGACCUGAUAGAUUGGCCUGCAUGCAGGCCAAUCUAGCACCAGCGAUAGCCCCGCUCAUCGGUAUCGCUGUGAGGGGUACACACGGAGUGAUCGCUGCUUAAAAUCUAAGCAAUCUAGUCAGAUUGCUCAGAUUUUAAGUAGCGAUUGCUCUGUGAGUACCCCCCUUAAGGCUGUGUUCUGCAGAUGCAAUUGUCUGUCCUGCAGCUGUUAUACAAGCUCCCACGAGUCAUCUCUCCACCUUGAUCAUGCAAUUUGCACAACUCCAUUCAAACAGGAUGGCUUAAGGGGGGUACUCACGGAGCGAUAUUCUAAGCAAUCUGACUAGAUUGCUUAGAAUAUCGGCAGGAUCGCUCCGUGUGUAGCCCCCUCGGCGAUAGCGAUGCGCGGCCCCGCACAUCGCUAUCGCUGCUGCUAGAUUGGCCUGCAUGCAGGCCAAUCUAGCGGGUCACUCACUUCACCCGCUGGGUGAAAUGAGCGGCCCCCCGUCUCCCCCCGCACGCUCAGCACAGAUCGCGCUGUGCUGAGCGGCAGGAGAGAUGUGUGCUGAGCGGUUCGCUCAGCACGCAUCUCUCCUUGAUCGGCCCGUGAGUACUGGGCUUUAGAGGUUGAGGUUGGUAAUUUGUCAGAGAGGACCAUAGGACCCAGUACAGCCAAGCACCUGAAGGUAGCAGGAGCUGCUGGGCCCUCUACUGCAUUGUAUAGAACAACAAUCACAGGCAGUGUAGCAGCGAUAUAUGAAAAUGAUCCCCUUAUGGGUAGUGCAAGACAGUGGAAGAACUGUAUUCUCUGAUUCUAAGGGGUCUUAUAUCAAUCAUCCGUUUUGUCUCAGGACUUCUAUCACCUUUAAAAAGAAUGAUUAUUAUUGGCAAAGCUGUUGGUUGAUAAAUAAACCUUUAAAUCUUUCAAAUAGAAUAGCACCAAUCUGACACCAUUGUGCAGGAUACAUCCCUAUAUUUAAAAGCAGAAACUUUUUUUUCCCCAGCUUUUAAAGCUACAUUACAGUACUUGCAGUUAUCAUGGAAGUAGUCUGAUAUGAUGUCCCUUCUGUUUCAUAGAUGACAAUACGAUCGCUUUCUAUUUAUAGACAAAUAAGCUCAGAAACUCCAGAGUAAUUCUGAGAUCUAAUGGUCUCUUUUCUGUUUCGCUAUUAAAAAUUCGAGUGGACCAUUUAUUCUUAAUUUUUUAUACUAAUAUAAAUGUUUAGAAACGAUCUCUAGUGAUAAAGUAGACGUACUAUGGAGAUCUUUGCUUUCAGUUUCUUAUUUUCUUUGUUUAUUUUUUGCCAAUACUAAAUAGUUUAUGGAUUUAAAUCUGUAAUUUCCUAGCCCCUUCUAGAAUAAAGUGCUUCCUGUAAUGUGUCCUCCCAAGAAUGUGCAGGCUACAGGAAAAGAUUGGGGUUUAGAUAUUUAGGUAAAGCAACGAGACAAUGUUUGGAAAUGCCUUUUUUACUAUUAUAUAAUGCUGCUUGUGUACCAAAGAAAGUAUAAAAGUACAGAAUACCUGCGUAUAGCCAUUUCCACUAUUGCUCCAUGACUUUCUAGAACUUACAUUAUGGUAGUUUUCUACAGUAAGUCAAAAGGCUUUCUUGGAAAACUGUAGGUGGAUCGAUAAGAUCUGUUGCGGAAUCACAGUGACAGACAUAAGCAAAUGUGAUUGCCAAACCAAUUUCCUGAAGCCUUGGCAAUCCAUUACAAUUGGUGAUAUGAAGAGGGGGAAUACGGUUUUGCUGUUUCACAAAUUAUUUGUCAUGGAAAACUUUAUUUACACUUUGGGAUUGUAAUUUGUUUUUCUAACUCCAUUCAGACACACAGCACAUUGCUGUUCCUGGAACGGUCAUCCCACCAACACAAUAUAGACAUGAGAAAUACUUUGUUGCUUUAUUUGUGAAUCUGAGUAAAACUGUUUUAUGUGCCUGCAACAGUGUGAAGGGGCGGUGUACCUUUCCUUCAGAGAGAAACUGUCACCAUUUGUGUCUGAAUGAGCUAGUGAACCAUGUAAUUGUAGUAAGAGAAAAGCACAGCAAAAACUGCAUGCGGUAUGAAAAUACAGUACAAGGGUCAUAUGUAAGAGACUGCCAACCUUCUGCAUUAUACUUGCUUCUAGGCACCUAUACCUUCGGCUACACCUGCAUGUGAGUUGUUACAUUACAGACAGUAGUCUGGGAGCAAGGAUAAUGCAGACUGCUAUGACACGCACACAAGUUCUUACACUUACAUAGAGCCUGCAUUGUUUGGUUUUAUUGUGGAGCUUAGUUAAAUGGUACAUUUACAUAGUAAACUUAGGCCAUUUAUGAACAAAUGUGAUCUCUUUAGUAAGAUGUAUGUGUACAUAUUAUGAAAUUCCAUGUUUCUCAGUUGCAAAUAAAUGACUGCAUGUUUAUAUUCUGUACACACAUUAUUAUUCUCUUAAGGCCCAUACACACUGGGCGAUUUUGAGCUCAAACUCACUUUUGGCAUUUUGAGCUUUUACUCGUUCUGUCUGUAUGGGCUAGCACUGAUGCGCAUUCCUGCAUCUUCGCUAGCCGCUGCCGUUUUUCGGGCUGUUUGUACAACCGAGUGAAGCACUUUCCACAGUCUCCUGUGGGCAAUAACACCCAGUGUGUAUGCACCUUUACUCUCCCACUUCCCACUAUAAUGAAUCUUUUGAAGUUUGUGGUAUCCUGUAUUUAAAUGUGUAUAUAUUACUGUACUGUAUAUGCAUAAAGUGCCCAAGUAUGUUGCAUUGUUUAUAUGCCUGUAAUGAGGGCACUAAUCUUAUAGCCAUUUGCUAAUAAAAUACUUGAUAUUUAUUGUAAGCAAA